CCCUCGCCCGCCCGCCCUCCGCAGCCCGCGGCCGGCAGCCGCCGCCAGGUUGUACCUGAGACUGUCAGAUAAAGCGGCGGGCCGGCGGGCGGGGCGGCGGUGAGCACGGGCCGGGCCGGAGAUGGCGGCGCUCUACGCCUGCACCAAGUGCCACCAGCGCUUCCCCUUCGAGGCGCUGUCUCAGGGGCAGCAGCUGUGCAAGGAAUGCCGGAUUGCACACCCUGUUGUGAAGUGCACCUACUGCAGGACUGAGUACCAGCAGGAGAGUAAAACCAAUACAAUAUGCAAGAAGUGUGCUCAGAACGUGCAGCUGUAUGGAACGCCUAAGCCUUGUCAGUAUUGCAACAUAAUUGCAGCGUUUAUUGGCAAUAAAUGCCAGCGCUGCACGAAUUCAGAGAAGAAGUAUGGACCCCCAUACUCUUGUGAACAGUGCAAGCAGCAGUGUGCGUUUGACAGGAAAGAUGAUCGAAAGAAGGUAGAUGGGAAGCUGCUGUGCUGGCUGUGCACGCUGUCCUACAAGCGUGUCCUUCAGAAGACCAAAGAACAGAGGAAACACCUGAGCAGCUCUUCUCGAGCGGGCCAUCAGGAGAAGGAGCAGUACAGCCGCUUGAGUGGUGGCAGCCAUUACAACAGCCAGAAAACACUUUCUACAUCUUCAAUUCAAAAUGAAAUCCCAAAGAAAAAAUCCAAGUUUGAGUCAAUCACAGCUAACGGAGACAGCGAUGCUUCCUCUCAUGAGCUGCUUUGUCCUAAUACCCAGAGCCCGUCUGUGUUGGUGCAGUGGGCUGCUUCCCAACAGAGUCUUGGAGCCAUCCAUUUUCCUGUUCCUCCAGGCCCAGGCAUCCUGAACUUUUCCCCAGACCUGGCUCUGGAUUCUCCUGGCACUGACCACUUCGUCAUCAUUGCCCAGCUGAAGGAAGAGGUGGCCACUCUGAAGAAGAUGCUGCAUCAGAAGGAUCAGAUGAUCUUAGAGAAAGAGAAGAAGAUUACAGAGCUAAAGGCUGAUUUUCAGUAUCAGGAGUCUCAGACUCGGGCCAAAAUGAACCAAAUGGAGAAAACCCACAAAGAAGUCACAGAGCAAUUGCAGGCCAAAAACCGAGAGCUUCUGAAACAGGCAGCUGCUUUGUCCAAGAGCAAGAAGUCGGAGAAGUCAGGCACGAUGACGUCUCCAUGAAGACCAUGAGAAGGCUCCCACAACAACAGCCGCUGCUCCUGGGUCAGGGUUGGCCACCCGGCUGUUCUCUGGGAACUGUGCUUUCUUACAGAAUCUCUAUUUUCUUACCGUUACCCUUCUUUGUGCGAAUGUAGCGGGCUGAGUGGAAACACCUGGUUUGUGCUGUUACGACUGCAUGCUCAGCAGUUGGGGUUUCAGACCUCCUCCUCCUAUUCCUCCUCUGCUUCCCUGUGCUCCUCUCUCUCUGUUUCUAUAGUGGUCACUGCUCAGUGUUAUGUGCAGAGUUUCUGUCCACCGUUACACCUGCCAUCCUCACGAGCAAGUAGUCUGUCGUCACUGUGCAUCACUGCCACCCGAGACUUCGUGCGGGGAGAGCUUUCUCUCACCAAUAAACCUUUGCUUCAGGGUUUUUCCAGGUAUAUUAUGUAUGACCUUUGUACUAUGUAUAGACAGAGUUUUAUUUAUUUUUUAAAAAGGAAACCUUUUCUUGAUAAAGGAAUGAUGGUAGCCUAGCUAGUUCUUGUAAAAGCAAUGCCUCUUUGAAAAAAAAGAAAAAUAAUGCAGUCUCGUUUGCUAGUUUUUAGUAGAAGAAUCCGAUCUUUUCUUUCUCGUUACCUUGGAGUUCCAAUGCUAAGGUAAUGCUGGAGGCUAAGUGUGGAGCUAAGUGCCUUCGGAGGACUCUGUGGAAGAGCAUUGGAGGAGAUGCUUAAGGGUGCAGAGAACUGACCAGUCUGUCUUUAAGUAAGGGCAGAAAGAACGGUUGUCCAGGUUAUACUGGACACUCCCUCCUCUAUCUACCCCUCCUUCUCCUUUUACAUAAUUUCCAGUUCCCACACUGCCACUUCUUUUUUAAAAACAUAACCUGUUUCUUGCUUGUGUCAGCUGUCAUACCAGGCUGUUAACAGAACUUUUUUUUUUUUUUUUUUUUUUUUACCAUGAGCAGAUUCAAGUGGGAUAAGAUUUGAACUUGAGUGUUUCCGGGGUCAGCAGGGCUGCUUAGACGUGGGCUGUGUGAUGGGGAGAGUCUCACUGCACCUCCCUUCCUCUCGCCCCAUCCUCUGCGCCCCCCCCCCCCCUUCUUAAUGACGAUGUUAGAAAACAAGUACUCCAGGGAGCAGCUGGGCCUCCCUGAGUGUGCUCUUCUCUCACACAGCAGGCAGGCAGGAAGGGAGAGGGUAGUGUGUGCCAUGACCCAGAACCAGCCCUGGGAUCAGUGCAGGUGGUGCUGGAGUCAGAACGGAUCGUGAAGACAGGUAACACUUGUCCCGCAUCCCCAGCGUUGGGCAGUGGAGUUCGCUGUUCCCGCAGGUUCUGUCGAUUGCGAUUGCAUUCUCAGAGAUGGACAGCUGCAGACAUGAGGCCAUGAGGGCUGUCUCCUCGGGGGGAGAUUGGAAGGAGUGUUGUUAUCAUGUCACCGGGUGGGGAGUGCGGGAGAACUGCUGGGAGUCACUUUGUACCUUUCUGAAGGAGAAUCUUGUGAGCAGCGAUAACUGCUGUCUGUCACACAGUGUUUUCAGGUGCGCUCGUGCUGGCUGGGGAAAGAUGGUAGAAAAGAACGACAUUCGUGGUUUCUUACACAAAACAUCAGACUGAGAGACUGUGGCUGUGAAUUGUGACAGUGUACAGACGCUCAUUUAGUUUUAUACUAAAUCUUUUUUUAAGGUCUUAGCAUUUAAUAUUCAGCAAACCUACACAGUUUCUAAACUAUCAUGAGCUCCUGAAAGGUAAAAGGGAAACCUCAGUCUUGAAAUGUUGAUUUUUUUUUUAAAUCAUGACAGCAUUUUACCAUGAAAUUGAGUAACUUUUGGUAACACCUUCCGUUUCUUUGUAUGUUUGUAAUAAUGGACAUUUUAAAACAUAGGAAUGUUUUGGUUUGUACAGACUUUGGCAAAUGUGUGUUAAUAAAAUUCAUAUUGACUCAGAUAAA